UGGCACAAUUGCAAUUUCUCAAAUUUGGAGCAAUAACCAAACAAAACUACAAAGAAAAAGUUUGAUAGACUUGUACACCAGAAGGUAUUAUACAACAUUCAGACAUGGCAGCAAUUUCCUCUUACAUGGCUUGCACAAAAGUCCCCAUGUUGGGUAGGAUUGGAGGGAAAAGAGAAAUGAGAAAGAGAAGCACAUUUACCAUUUCAGCUCAACAGCAGCAGCAAGCUGAAGUAGAAGAACCACAAGAAGUGAAGGUACAAGAAGAACAAGAACUACAGCAAGAGAAAACGAAGCAACAAGGAACUACACCAUUAAGGCCAGUGGAAGCACAAGUGAACGUAAAGAGCAAGAAUAUGGGCAGAGAGUAUGGAGGGCAGUGGCUCAGCAGUGCCACGCGGCAUGUUAGGAUUUAUGCAGCCUACAUUGAUCCUGAAACCUGUGCAUUUGAUCAAACCCAGAUGGACAAGCUUACGCUUAUUCUUGAUCCAACAGAUGAGUUUGUUUGGAAUCCUGAGACUUGCAAUAAGGUUUACUCUUACUUCCAGGAGCUUGUGGAUCACUAUGAGGGUUCCCCUCUGACUGAAUACACGCUUCGUCUGAUUGGUUCAGACAUUGAGCACUACAUAAGGAAGCUGCUGUUUGAUGGGGAAAUCAAAUACAACAUGAACGCACAGGUUCUCAACUUCAGCAUGGGAAAGCCACGAGUUCAAUUCAACCACGAUGGCCAACCUCAAGAUGUACAAUCACAAUGAUUUGAUUUUGUCAAAAUGGCUGGGAAAGUAACUGGAGCCAGUGUCUUAUAGGUUGUGGUGACAAGCUAUUAGAAAAGUUAACCUUCUUCACACACCAUUACGUAAAUUACAUCAAGUCCAAGAUAAUUGUCAAUGUAAUAAGACACAAAAUUUAUUGAACAGCUCUAUUUCAUGUAGGGAAGAAUAGUUAAAAUUUUGUAUAAAUUAUUAACCUACUUCAUACUAAUAGAGGUAAAGAGAUGAGACCAUUAUAUCAGCA